UGUAAUAGAAAAUUGAAUUAUAACGAGAAUGUUAUUCAUGUAAACAAUCCAUCAUAUUUUGAAAAAAUAAAAUAUAUAAUAAAAUAACAUAUUUCAUAAAAGAAUAAAACAUAAUAUUGAACUAUAAGGUAAAUUGAAUGUCAUGAUAGGCAUCUUUUGAGUCCUAACAUAGCCAUAAGUAUUUGAAGUAGAGUAACACACAAUACGUUUUAAAGUAAAUCGUACAAGAUAUAAAUAAAAUACAUAUAUACAAAGUUAGCCAUGAGUCAAAUGCAACUGCAAACGCAACGCGUUCGCCGCGGACGUCACCAUCACCGUCAUCAGUCCGCAGAGCCUUGCGAGUGUUUACGUCCUGUGAUAAGAGUUUUCGGUCUGCUGACUUCAUUCGUUAUCUGCGGCGUUGGCGUUGAUGUCUACAUGCAUGGCUAUCGGGCCGGUCUUUAUAUAGUUUUUUCAGCCGUACUGGUAAUGUUCAUUGAGAUCAAGUGGCUCGUAACCAUAUUUCUGCAACUUCAGUGCUCAGAGGAUAAUUACCAGCGGAGGUCCUGCAGCUGCCUGGCUUGCUGGCGACUUUCAGCGAUUUGUGGCGGAUGGCGACCCACUCCCGUUUAUGCGGUCAUCGGCAUCUGUCUGAUACUAUAUCCCCACAAUCUGUGGCUUAGUUAUGUGGCCGGAAUGUUCCUGAUACUCCUCGGUGUCCUUAGACUCUGCACACUGCUCAGAUUUAGUCCCUCAAAGGGAGACGAGGGCCUCCUGCCGCAGUGCGACUUUGAAAAGGUCUCCAGUUUUGUGGAUAAUAUGGAAGAUGAUUUCGCGGAGGUUAGCGCCUCACAAGCGGCCUUGGAUGACGAAGCGGAGGAGGAGGGCGACGACCCCCCGGCAAUAGAUGAUGAUGUUUGCUAA